AUGACCGGUUUUGACACUGUCUGGAUCCCUUUUGCGGUGGUUUAUCUGUUGUAUCAGAUCCCACCAACAAUGAUGGAGGUAUACUCGUACUAUAGUCGUGGUGGUCUUGUAAGCAUUGAGGAUAUUAAAUUUGAUGACACCUUUACUUGUCAUCAUCAGUGGCUUAAGGACAAGGAUGUGUAUUUCAAGAGAUUUUGUGACAGACCAACAAGUGAGGCAGGGAAAGCAUUCUUCUCUUGGUUGGAUUGGAGUGCCGAAGCAUACGAUCGUUCCAUCUACGUUCUUCGGAGGAACCAUGCUCGUCGCGACGGCGAGGUGUCGUUUUUGAAGCGGUACAUUUACGGCCCUUUUGUUUUCAACUGGUCGAAGAAACAGUGGCUGCGAGGUGAUGACAGUUGCGGGAUGCGCAUGCCCGCUUGGGGUGUCGGUGGUGAGGAGCGCGCCCGCGCUGAAUUUGCCGCCGCAAAGGAAAAGGGGUUUGACAAGAACUGGCACUAUCAGAUCAUGCGUAAGAUACGCCGCGAACAGGCGCUGAGGACAGCAAAGGAGGUGCAGGCGCAAUAG